UUUAAGAGAUGAUCGUCCAAGGAGAGUCGCUUACUGUAUGAUCUUCCUGAUCUGACUCAGUAGCAGCAGUCGACUGUGCUGAAAAUGCCGGUUCUCUAAACUGCACAAGAGAAGGACGUUGCGGCUAAGUCAUAUUGUUUUUUUUUCCAGUCUGUUUGUAUUUUUGUUCCUCCCGGUGAACAAUGGAAAAGCUGUCAGCAGAAAUUUCUGGUGUCCCUCCUCUUUUCCAGUGCGGUAGAUCAUUGUUUUUGAUGCUGUUGUUGUGUAGGAGUGCAGGGAUGGAUCUGAUCUUUUUGGAUUUCUGCUAGAAAACACGCAGAGGACCUGCACUAUAUUAUUCUAUUUGCCUUGUUCAACAGCAGAUGCAUUUGGAGUUGCCAUUCAAGCAGAACUAUGGUGAAAUUACCAGCACUCACACAUUACUGGCCUCUCAUCCGCUUUCUGGUACCUCUGGCAAUUACAAAUAUAGCCAUUGACCUCGGUGAACAGGCUUUGAAUAGGGGCAUUGCAGCUGUUAAAGAAGAUGCAAUCGAGAUGCUGGCCAGUUAUGGGCUUGCCUAUUCCUUGAUGAAAUUCUUCACGGGUCCAAUGAGCGAUUUCAAGAACGUGGGCCUCGUAUUUGUGAACAGCAAGCGGGACCGCAACAAGGCUGUCCUCUGCAUGGUCGCAGCUGGCACUGUGGCCAUAGUUUUUCAUACACUCAUAGCUUAUACGGACCUGGGGUAUUACAUCAUUAAUAAACUUCAUCAUGUAGAUGAUUCAGUGGGGAAUAAAACUAGAAAGGCCUUUCUGUAUUUGGCUGCCUUCCCCCUGCUAGAUGCUAUGGCCUGGACUCAUGCUGGCAUUUUGCUGAAACACAAGUUCAGUUUUCUAGUGGGAUGUGCCUCUGUCUCUGAUGUCAUAGCUCAGAUUGCUUUUGUAGCCAUUUUGCUUCACAGUCAUCUCGAGUGCCUGGAGCCUCUUCUCAUCCCUAUACUGUCCCUCUAUAUGGGAGCCUUGGUGCGCUUCACCAUCGUGGGCCUCGGCUACUACAGGAACAUCCAUGACACAAUCCCUGACAGCUGUGGGCCUGAAGUUGGGGGAGAUGCCACAUUCAAAAAGAUGCUAAACUUCUGGUGGCCAUUGGCAUUAAUCCUUGCUACACAGAGAAUAAGCAGACCCAUUGUCAAUCUCUUUGUAUCUCGUGAUCUUAAGGGAAGCUCAGCAGCCACAGAGGCUGUAGCGGUCCUGACAGCAACAUACCCAGUGGGUCACCUGCCCUAUGGCUGGCUAACAGAGCUGAGAGCCGUCUAUCCUGCAUUUGACAAGAAUAAUCCCAGCAAUAAACUGGUGAACAAUGGAAUAACUGUCACCAAGGCACACAUCAAGAAGUUCACCUUUUUCUGUCUGGCGCUCUCAGUGACACUGUGCUUUUUGGUGUUCUGGACCCCGCACGUUUCUGAGAAGAUCCUGGUGGAUAUUAUUGCGGUGGACCUCGCUUUCGCUGAACUCUGUGUUGUUCCUCUUCGUAUCUUCUCUUUUUUCCCAAUACCAGUCACUAUGCGAGCACACCUAACCGGCUGGUUGAUGACACUGAAGAAGACCUUUGUACUGGCGCCCAGUUCAGUCCUGCGGAUCAUUGUUCUCAUCACCAGCCUCAUUGUGCUACCUUAUGUGGGGGUUCAUGGAGCCACUCUGGGUGUUGGUUCCCUGCUAGCUGGUUUCUUGGGGGAAUCCACCAUGGUAGCAGUAGCAGCCUUCUAUGUAUAUCGGAAACAGAAGAAGAAGAAGGACGAUAGCGAUGAUGAGACAGCAGUGGAGGGAGAAGACUCGGCUCCAAUGAAUCAAGUCGGGGCCAGUGAGGAAACUGAUGACAUUGUGGAGCUGAGGGAGGAGGACGAAUAAAGAGAGGAGGGGGAGAGCAGACUGCAGGAACAGUCUGAACUUGCUUCUGCCACCGCCCGCUUUCUCUCCCCCAGCUCAACGUUGCUCAAGUCCCAUUUCUGUUUGCGUACAGUGGAGUGCUUGCCAGGGGGGAUACAGCGAGAGGCCUUUGCUUGCAUGAGGUGGCUGCGUGUUCCAUCAAUUUCCCUUGCUGAUGAGAGCCGUGAACAGGCCACAGUACACCCCCCCUCCUCAGAGUAGCUUCCAGCGGAUACUGUCUUCACAAGACAGAAAAGAUGAUACCUGUACCAAAGCACUGUCAUUCAUCCACCUUUACAUUUCUCUUGUCUGCUGUUAUUUUGCGCUGCCGUCCUAUACUUUUAUGAAAACACAAAAAAACUGCAAGUGUAAAACUUUAUAUCAUAUCUUAGUUGCUUGAAAAAAAGACUUCUGAUCUUGAAUGUAGAAGAAAAAAGAAAUGCAUUGAGGUCUCUAUAUAGACCUGUGCGCUUUUAUUUGCCAUAGUGCUACUAAUUACCAGUUGAGCUGUAAUUGGUAAAAAACUGGCAUAGCAGUUAGAAUGAGGCUUAUUUUUCAUUUUUAUUUAAGUACCAAACUCAUUUUCUGAAACCAUCAGUAUUUAAAAACUUGGGUGUGCAGGGUUUGUGCUUAACUUAAAUUACAUUUAAAGGGAGUUUUUAAAUAAUAUAGUGGUUAAAAAGUUGUAAGUGUUUAAGUAUUGUUAAUGGUUUAUUUUGUAAGGCUGAGAUGUAAAUGCAAUGCCCGGGGUCAGACAGCCAAGUGUUGGCUGCUUGACUUUUUAUCAUGUUUGUCAGCACAAGUUUCUUGAAUCUGAGAAUCUAUUUUUUUAAUAGAUAUAACAUUAAGCUGUCACUUGUUAAAACACACAUUUACAGCUUAGGAAUGCCCCUGAACUCAUAAAGUAGCCAAAGCAUCUAAAUGUGUUAUUAUACACUUGUGGCAUACAAGUGUAUUUCAUAUCCCUGUGUCUACCGCACACUGUGGGCAUUAACGUCUAGAUGUAACUUUGCUUUGGUGGUUUCAAGACGGAAAGAGUUUAUGUCCCUGUGCUUAGAAAUAAAGAGUCUAAAUGAAAAA